UGAAAUAUGAUCAGCGCAGGCUCUGGACGCACAGAGCCAUAAUCCUGGCACUUUUUUUUUUUCGGGUCAGGGAUGCUCUACGCAGACAAAGGAAGGAGGUCUCCGUGCUGUGGGUGGUAAUUAUCAUCCAGCCUGGAGAACGGGAAGAGUUAGAGCUUCAGAAACACACUGCCACAUCACACACCGCCGAGUUUUGUCCAGCAGCUCUCCCUGCGCUCCGGCAACAUGCAUUCAGGACUUUGGGUGCUGCUUCUGUCCCUUUGCGGAAGUUCGUGGUGCGCCCCGCAGCAGACGUGCCACCCCGGAGACGAGCUUUUGGGAAGAUGCAGCAACAACGACUUCGAAGAAAAACCAAAGUGCACAGAGCUGAACCUGGGCUACUGCAAUGACAUGGAGUACUCAAGAACCGUGUUCCCCAACAUCCUCGGCCACCGGAACCGCAUGGAAGCAGAGUCCGGACCAGAGUACCUCCUCCUGAGCGUCAUCCAUGCCCUGCUCAACGGGGAGUGCACCCCUGAGAUACGUCUCGUAGGCUGCUCGGUGCUCGCCUCGCCCUGCCAGAAUGACAAGAUGGUCCGGCCGUGCCGCAGCACAUGCGAGGCACUGAGGAAGGACUGUGCUCACUCCUUUGAGGCCAUCGAAAUGGCCUGGCCCUACUUCCUCGACUGUGACCGCUUCUUCGCCAGCGACCAGGAGGGCUGCUUCGACCCGCUGGCGGGACUGAAAGCCAGACAGGAGAUAGCAUUGUCCAGCCUCUCUCCUGAAGAACCCAGCACCAUCAUCCAGUUCACCUACACCUCCAACGCCCAGAUGUACAGCUUACUGAAGAGAACGGCGGCCAAGUGCUCCCACAUCUCUCAAGUGUACAGCAUUGGACGCAGCACGGAAGGCAGAGAUCUACUGGUUAUCGAGUUCACCGACAACCCAGGACAGCACGAGCUACUGGAGCCAGAGAUUAAGCUGGUGGGCAACAUGCAUGGCAAUGAGGUGCUGGGCCGCCAGCUGCUCAUCUACCUGGCACAGUACCUGUGUUCAGAGUACAUCCUGGGGAACCAACGAAUUCAGACCCUCAUCAACACCACCCGCAUCCACCUGCUGGCCUCCAUGAAUCCAGACGGCUAUGAGCUGGCUGCCGCAGAGGUAGAGGAUAGCAAUGAUCCGGAGCUCAACAACCAGGAAGGUCAUUUGCUCAACGGUUGGAUCACUGGACGGGCCAACGCCCAGAAUAUUGACCUCAACCGCAAUUUCCCAGACCUCACCUCCCUUUUCUACCGCAACCGCCGCAGCAGGCACUACCGCAUCGACCACAUCCCAAUCCCUGAUGCAUACUGGUUUGGUAAGGUGGCACCAGAGACCUACGCGGUGAUGAAGUGGAUCAGAUCACUGCCCUUCGUCCAGUCUGCCAGCCUUCACGGCGGGGAGCUGGUGAUCUCCUAUCCCUUCGACUUCUCUAGAGACGUGCACGAGGCGAAGAUGUUCUCGCCCACUCCAGAUGAGCAGGCCUUCAAGCAGAUGGCUCGCACCUACGCGGACGCCCACGCCACCAUGUCAAACAAUGACACAGAUCGGUGUGGGGCCUCCUUUUACCGGACCAGGGGCAUCAUCAAUGGUGCUUUGUGGUACAGUUUUGCUGGUGGUAUGUCAGAUUUCAACUAUCUGCACACUAACUGUCUGGAGAUCACCGUGGAGCUCGGCUGCGACAAAUUCCCCUCAGAGGCCGAGCUGUACCCAGAAUGGAAGAGGAAUAAGGAGGCUCUGCUCAGUUUUAUGGAGUCUGUCCAUCGAGGGAUAAAGGGAGUGGUUAAGGACACUGAUGGAAAUGGGAUAAAAGGUGCAACUAUCUCCAUCAGGGGGAUCAGGAAAGAUGUCACCACAGCUGAAGAUGGAGACUACUGGCGGCUGCUGAACCCAGGCACUCACAUCAUGACAGCCACAGCCAAGGGUUUCUCCAGGGUCAGUAAGAGGGUUCACCUGCCUCACAACAUGAACAAGGCUGGACGUGUUGACUUUGUCUUGGAGAAGGUUCCUGUGGAGCCCGAUAUCGACGACCACCUCUUCCCCACAGUCGACACAUGGGAUCGAUUCGACCCCUACAAUCAGUUUGAGCGCUACAGCGAGCCAGUCGUGGGUGAGGGGGGGAUAGAGCGGGAGGAGAAACCAUGGUGGUGGAACUACUUCUCCCAGUCUGGCAUCUCACCUCCAAACUGGCUGCUGCGAAAUGUCUAGACGCUUUGCGGGACAACAAAAAUCCCAGCACACCACUGGGAGACUGGUGAUGGACGGCUGCACGUCCAGUCCCACCCAUUGCUGAGUGUCAGAGUCAUCUACAAGGCCAGAGCUACGACAUUGGAAUCUGUGGCAUCUUGACAGAUUUCAGUGCUCCCUGGAAGGAUGUGAAUAGGCCUUUUUUUUUCCCCCACCGGGCAUCAAAUGUAAUUCUGGAUUGUAAACAGAGUUUUGGACAAUUUGUUUCGCAGCUGCAUUUAACAUGUUUAAAGUCAAAAUUGAACCAAUAGGAGAUGAUAUGGACAUGAAUAUGGAUUUGUCAAUUGUCCGGCUUUAACUGAUUUUCUGUAAAAAAUAAAAGUAUGCACUUACUUGAAUAUUGUGAUUACAGAUUACAAUUUCACAUGUGACGGCAGCUGCAUAAAAUGUCUUUGUGCACAUUUUGAAAAAAUUGAGUAGUGUACAGAUUCAAUCGAGAUUGACUGUUUCAAAAUGAAAAAAGAAAAGAUUUACACUUCACAUACCCAGUAUGUUUAAGCCACAUUUUAAGCAUCAUGGAAGGCUUACAGUCAACAUUUCCUGGACCUGUAACACCAUCUCGUAUUGAACACCACAUUUACUAAGCUUGGAUGAGCAGCAAUACUGUGUGCCAGUUGUGAACAGUAGAAAUUCUUGCUUUGUUUGUUUUUCACGAGCAUGGAAAAUAUAUAAUAAACAUUCCUGGCAUUUCUCCUUUAA